UAUCACCGCCCCCUCCCUCCCCCCACCUCUGGCGUGCCGUUUGAGUUUUAAACAGCCGUAACAAGCCCUGUGGAGAGAGUUGAUUGCCGUCGGGAAAUUAUAUUUGAACCGAUUCAAAGUGAUUCCGCCGCCACAGCUGCGCGCAUGGGGGGCAAGAACAAGCAGCGGACAAAGGGGAACGUACGGCCGUCGAGCAGCGCCCGCGCGGCCGAGUUGCUCGCCCGGGAUGUCGGCUCCGUGCCGGGAUUCCUCGGAUUCGGGGGCGCCACCAGCGAUAUCGUGUUCGGCGCUGCGACCUCUGACCUCCGCGCCGGCGCUCUGACCUCGGAGCUGGGGUUCGUGCCCGCGGUGCAAGGAGCUGAGGACGUGGAGAAUGUCGUUGACCCAGACUUCCGCCUCGUGCUGCGCAAGCUCUCCAAGCGAGAUACGACCACCAAGCUCAAAGCCAUGCAGGAGUUUGGAGCAAUGUGCAAGGAGAAAGAUGUUGAUGUCGUUAAAGCCAUCCUGCCUUACUGGCCUCGCCUCUACAACAAAAUCUCCACGGACCUGGACCGGCGUGUGCGCGAGGCGGCCCAGGUGGCGAUGCAGCAGCUGGCGUCGCGCGUGCGCCGUGCCCUCGCUCCGCACCUCAAGGCCGUGAUGGGGACUUGGCUGGUGGCGCAGUGCGACGGCCAUGCCCCCGCCGCCUCCGCCGCGCGCGCCGCGUUUAGCGCUGCCUUCCCGCCUGCCAAGCAGCCUGAGGCUCUCGCCUUCUGCAAGGACGAGAUCCUGAGCCACCUCCAAGACAAUCUUUUCAAGCUAACUCCAGACACGUUAAGUGACCCACAGGUGAGCACGGACGAGAAGGAGGCACGUCACAUCCGCGUGGUCACCUCCUCGCUGCUCGCUCUCAAGCGGCUGCUGUCGCUGCUGCCCCCCGGCGAGCGUGCCGCACUCACGGACCGCCUGGCCGCCCUGCUCGCCCAGCCCAAGCUGUGGAAGUACAGCAAGCACAGCGCCCCACAGGUGCGAGCGGCGCUGUACGAGGCCCUGUCGGCGCUGUGCCGCGCGGAACCCGAGCUGGCGCGCGGGGAGGCGAGGCGGCUGUGCCCCACCGUGCUGCUGGCGCUGGACGAGACGGACCCCGUGGCGUGUGCGCCGCUCUGGGAGGCCGCCCUACUCGCCGCAUCCACCAUCGAGGACUGUUGGACGCACGUGAGCGCGCGCAAGGGCGUGCUGCCGCGCCUCUGGGCCGUGCUGCGGGAGGGCGGGCGAGGCCUCGCCGCCGUCGUGCAUCCGCACCUACUGCCCCUGCUGGGCCUCAUGCCGCCCGCCGUCACGGGGCCCCGCGCCCUCUUCUACCCGGUGCUCUUCUGCAGCCUGCGCCAGGGCCUGGGCAGCGACACAGUGCAGAGCAGCCCCUCGGAGCGAGCCGCCAUCGUGAGGGCUUUCACCGAUUGCUUCCGCCUGGCGGUGCACGAGAGCGUGAGCGACGGAGAGAGCGGCGAGGAGGAGGGAGAGGAGGGGGAGGUGGCGGAGGUGGAGGGAGAGGCAGGUGGAGGUGGUGGAGGUGCUGCCCUGCGCAAGGCCCUUCUGCAUGAGCAGUUGCUACCCCUGGUGGAGUUGGCCAUUGCGGACCCAAAGCUGCAGCAGUCGCCAGUCUUCGCGCAGCUCUCCGAGCUUCUGGCUCAUUGGGGGCGGCGAUCGGAGGACCCCGAUCUCCCGCCAAACCAGAGGCAGGCUUACUGCGAGCUGCUCGCUGCAUUCUGGGAAAGCGUCGGGAGCACGUGUUUGGGACAGGUGGGUGCGCCACAGCCCGAGCGUGCUCUGCUUGGCGUCGCCGCUCUCCUCUCCGCCCUCCGCCAGCCCGGCACGGGCAUGGCGCAGCCCUCGGCCGUCACGGCGCGUCGCACCAAGAAGCCGGGACGCAUUCGCUUUGCGCCAGAGCCCGGAGUAGAGCGGGCCGAGGCUGCAGGAAACGGCAGCAGCGGUGGCGGUGGCGGAGCAGAGGAAACCGCGGGGCUGAUUGAGACCGUCGCGACGGACGCCCCGGGCUCUGACGAUUCCACCGGUGCCAGCGAGGACACUGCGGCCCGUGACCCCGGCCCGGACCCGUCCGGGCCCCUGCCGGCGCUGUGCCGUCGCGCGGCGCGACUCGGCCUGUCCCGCGCACGGGAACUCGGCUCCCUGCCUCACCUCGACUUCCUCUCUGCCGUGCUGGCACUCUGUCCCACCGACGACAUGUUCCGCUCGCUGCUUGGAGAAGACGACGGAGUGGCCGAGGCUCGCGCGAGCCGUCCGUCCGACGUGCGGCCCGAGGCGCGACCGAGUGAGGCUGAUGAGCGGGAACGCGCCGACGAGGUCCUGGGACCGUUGCCGGCGCUGCGGUUCCUGCGUGACACGCUGCUGCCCUGGCUGGGCGAGUGCCGUGCCCCGGAGCGAGCCGCCCUGGUGGAGGUGCUGUUCAGCGUCCUGCGCGCCUGUCGCGAUCAGAGGCAGCGCGCUGAUAUUUUGGACGACGUGUGCAAGAUGAAUCUGGGACCGUCCGUUCUGCUGCUGCUCAUUCAGAAGGCAUGUGCAGACACGGGACGCCUGCGCCUGGCCCAGGCGUGGCUCAUGGGACCGGUGCUCACCGAGACACUGGUAGUCACGUGCCGGAGGCUGUGCCGGCCCGGACAGGGCAAGCAAGCGGCGAGCGGAGCAACGGCAGCAGCAGUAGUGUCGUUGUCUGCGGAGCAAGCCGACAGCUGGGCCCUGCUGUCUCUCGCGCUCUCUUCACACGCCGAUGGCAAGCCGCUGCUGCCCGCCGAGUGCGUGCGCCGCGUGGUGUCGGCGAUGCGCGCGGCGCUCCCGCGCUGCGGCGUGGACGGCGCCCCAACACGCGCCGAGCCGUGCGUGUCGCUCGUGUGCGACGUCGCCUGCAGCUUCUUCGGCGCCAGGCAUGGCGGAGCGGCGCUCGCGGCCGCAGAGGACCUCAUCUCCGCCAUCUUCCGCCUCGCGUGCCAGAGCAGGGAGAAGGAUGCGUUCACAGAUGAGCUGAGAGAGAAGCUGAGCAGCACAUGGAAGGCCGGUCUCACGGCCCUGCUCACGCAACAGGGAGGCUACAUGAAGGAGGGCGGCUUUCUCCACAGCACGGCAUUGUGGGUGAAGGAAAGGAUCAUGGGAAAACAAAUCAGCCCUGCAAGCCUGGACGUGCUGGGUGCCGCCGUCUGCUCGCUGGUGGACGUCGCGCUGACGUCGGGGCUGCCCACCGCCCACCCGGUGCCUGCCGUGCUGCGCUGCCUGCUGCCCUCACCAGCCGAGUGGGACCUCCUGAGGGCGCCGCUGCUGCUGGGACAAACGCAGAGCCUGAUGGAGGCGACGCUGAUCGGCCGUCUGCCCUUACCGGAGCACGCGGUGCCGGAGGAGCCGGGACCCUGUAGCACGACGCCCGGCGACGACUACGGCGGUGAGGAUGGCGACGCCGACGCCGCGCCUGCGCACCUGUCGGCCGUCUCGCUGCUGUCGCGUCUCGUGGGUCACCUGCAGAGGGCGGACGAGCGGAGCGGCCGCGCCGACGGAGACGAGGGGACAGCGGCUGAGAUCGGCGACUCUGAGGAGCGGGAGGCCGACUCCCGUCUGCUGGACCCCGCGUGCUGCCUGGAGCUUGCGUGCGAGUGCAUGCUGGCGGACACGUGGUGCCGGCUGAGUCGCUCCGGCCCAGCCGGGCCUUCCCUUCCGCCCUGCGUCGGUGCCCUCUGCUGGGGGCUCGUGGGCGCGGCGCCCACUCCGUCCACGCCGUCCACGCCUGCCGCUGACCCACCGCUCGCGCUCAGCCAGUUGCUCGGGGAGCUCUUUAACAGAUCCGUGCAGCACGGGGGCCUGUGGGCCCUCGCCCUGUCCCACGCGCUGCCUGAAGCCUCCAGGCGAGGCCUCGACACGGACGUGAAGGCCCUCUACGGAUCCGUCGAGUGGUUCUCGGAGCCCACGGAGGCCAAGCUGCACACGGCGUGGGCACUCGCUCCGUUCCUGUCGCGCUCAGACGCGCACGCGCUCGUGGACGUCGCCACCGCCCUGCUCAUGUCCUGCCCGCCGGACGCUCGCACCCGUGCUCAAGGGGCCCGUGGCUGCCUUUCCCUGCUGUCAGUGUGCCUCCUGUCACAGCCUGAGCUCCCCACGGACGGCCUGCACAGGGCGCUGGACACGCUUUCUGCCUGGAGGGAUGAGGAGAGCGACGACGUCUUCCUGUUCGCACGGGAUGUGUCGGGCGAGGACGGGGCGGCGGUGGCGUGCAACGUGGAGAUGAUGCGGUUUCUGCGCGGGCUCCUGUUUGCGCACUCGCCGCUCUCGCACCGCCACUGGGACUUCCUGCUGUGCUCCAUGCUCUCGUGGCUGCAGAGCACAGGCGAGAGCCUGGGGGACGCGCGACGAGCGUCGCUGCACGUGCUCGCUUUUGCGGCCGAGAGCUGCCGCCUGCUGGCAUCGGUGGCCGACCUCCUGCAGGCGCCUCCGCCCGGCGCUGUCGCAGCCUCAGCGCCACCGCCGGAGAGCGUGGAUCCGGAGGAGGCUUCCGCUACGGUGCCUCCUCACCUCUUCACCGAGUGGGCAGAGUUCUUCGCGGACGGAGCCUACAGCUUGCUGCUGCCCGCGUUUGUGUCCCUGUGCGCUGGCGCGGUGGGCACGGCUGGCACCGGCCCCGGCAGGCCUUGCCUGGCUCUGCUGCAGGCCACGGCGCAGGCCCUGGGCCCCAUCCCUGUGGAGCAGUUGCACGGACACCGACUGCCACCACGCCUAGUGGCCGGGCAGCGGAGCCACCUGCCGGACGCGCUGCAGACGGCCCUCAACACGCUGGCGCCCCUGCUGGGCGCGCCCGCGAGGCCCGUCCAGCUCGCCGCCUUCCACAUGCUCGACAAGCUCAUGCCCGAGCUGCCGGCGUUUGACACCGGGAAAGCAAAGCCGGAAGACGAGGGGGAGACGGAGUCGUGCCUGUCUCCCCCGGCCGCCCUGAUGUCCGUGCUGGCAUCGCUGGAGGAGGAGCUGCUGGAGCUGCUGGCGCCGGUGCCGGUGGGCGAGCCGGUGCGCGUGGAGCCGCUGACGCCCGCGUACCACACCACGCUGGGCUACCUGCUCGCCUGGAAGCUGCUGCUCAGCUUCUUCCAGGCCGCCUCGUCAGAGCUGCGCGUGCAGUACUCGGGCUUCAUCCGUGAGCAGGGCUCGCUGAGCCGCCUGCUCGAGGGACUGUUCAGGCUCAUGCCGGAGAGUCCGGCUCUCCCCUCGGCCGCCCCAUCUCUCUCCGGCGCCGGAAGCUGUGGAGGAGCCACGGACAAAGCCACGCGGAGCAUGUUCACGGAGCCUCCGCCACUGGCACUCACAGACGAUGGCGCCGCGGCGCUGCCCGUGGAGGUGCCGCACCUGGCUUGCUGCGUGUACGCCGAAGCGCUGCGCUGCCUGCCGGCCAUGGUGCGCCUCUGGUGGAACAACCAGGACAAGCGCGUGUCGGGCGUGGUGGAGCGCUUCACGAGCCGCCACGCCAGCCCCGUGCUGUCGGCGCAGGAGAUAGCCGCCGUGCAGGCCACCGGCCAGCGCAUCCACGACAUGACGGUUCGCGCGCGGCCCGCGGCCCGUGAGGUGGUGGCCACGUACAACGUGGAGGAGGUGUACAUGGAGCUGGUGGUGACGCUGCCACCGAACCACCCGCUGGGGCCGGUGGCCGUGGAGUGCGGGAAACGCGUCGGCGUCGCCAGCCAACAGUGGUGGAACUGGAUGCUACAGCUGAGCACUUUCCUCACUCACCAGAACGGAAGCAUCAUGGACGGGCUGGCGCUGUGGAAGGCCAACGUGGACAAGCGCUUCGAGGGCGUGGAGGAGUGCACCAUCUGCUACUCCGUCAUCCACGGCUCCAACUACUCCCUGCCGCGCAAGGCCUGCCGCACGUGCCGCAAGAAAUUCCACGCGGCGUGCCUGUACAAGUGGUUCACGUCCAGCAAUAAGUCCACAUGCCCCUUGUGCCGGGAGACUUUCUUCUAAGUCCAGGUGGAUCUCAACCAAAACCGCCCCCACCCCACGGGAAUCUCAUUCACUUCGUCGACUGCACGGUGACCUUAUCCCGCAUGGAGCUGCAACCGCUGCUUCUCACCCCAAGGAGACUUUACAAUACAUGAGCCGAGCAGCAUUACACCACCGCAUUUACUAUAUUCAUGAGUUGGCACUUUAGAGUCUGAAUCCCUGUGACUUGGUGUCUGAGUGAUUCGUUAACCUGGGCACUGCUGGGAUGUCUAAAAAAAAAACAAUAUUUUAAACGUGUUGACUUCAUCCCAGUGAAGCUAGAGCCGUGUACACAAACGUUUAAUGGAAUUACAAACAGGUCUGCAUUAUCGUCAAACCACGCGCAGUCCAGUAAAGCCAGUUUGUAUAGAGGUGUCAUUCAAUAAAGCGGAGCCUUCUUGUAAACAACACGCGUGGUAAUUGGUAAAUAUAAGUUAUAAUUAUAAUUAAAGAACAGUUGCAUCUCUUGUCAUUGUGUGCUAUCUUUCCUCUCUCAGUUCUGUUAAAUAAGUGCUACAGAAUUAAAUAUUUGAAUCAUAAAGGGAUGGGUACACAUGAAGCCACCUGGCAAUAUGAAUACUUAUGGAAUUCAGUCAGUGCACAGUGCCUCUUAUUUAUAAAGGUAGAUGUUUCAUCUGCAGCCUGGAGAUCGUAGUCACCAUGAAAAAUUGUCCACCCUCUUCCUCCGCCUCGCCCUGAUAGAUCAUCUCGCCACCGACGCCACGGUUGCGAGAUGUUAACUACCUCCCCGAGUAUACGAUUAGCACGGUUGUCUCCGUAUGGUGCGAAAGAAGUUCAACAUACAUUCGAUCCUGACGCCUGUAUAUUUAGAGUUUUCAUGUUCUCCCCACGGUGUGGAUUUUUUUCCCCAGGUCCUUCGGUUUUCCCCUCUACAUUUAGAAACAUGCGUUUAGAGAAUUUGGCCGCUUUAAAUUUCCACGCGAUUAGCCACUUCAUUGGGCUGUCAUUUGUGGCGAGGUCGCUACUGAAAAAGAGCAGUGAGCCUUAACCUGGUAAAAUAAAACGUUUUUAGUUUCAGGUCCUGGAUAUAUUUUAAGUCUUUUGUAAUGGAUGGUAAUUUCUCGCCGAGUGCCAUGGUUGUCUCACUAGAUUAGAUACAUACAAACGAGCCCAAGUACAAACGAGACAGAACAGCAAUCCAGAAAAUUGCUGUACCACCCUGCAAUUAUUUUGUGGAAUUCCCCAAAUCCUUCUGACUUCACGAGUGACAUUUUUUCACAUGCAAAUCAGGUAUUAUGAACGUGGGUGUUUCCGCUUGAUAAAUGUCUUUCAUCCUGUUUUAAGUAUUCCCAGCAGUUUUAAAACUGGACACAAGUUUUUUUUUAUUCACAGUGUACAUUCAUGUGCACAUGUUUUGGAGAAUGUGGUAUUCAAAUGCGAUGGUGAUGUUCUGGUCUAUGUCUCAAUCUAUCUGCUGUGGGUCUUUAUUCUGUGCGUUCGUUAUCCGUCUCCCAUGACCAGUCUGAUGAUGAGGUCUUCGGGGCACUGCGCUGGCAGCUUUGAUCAUGAUCUCUCCCUCCACCUUUCCUGAUCCUUAACCCCCACAAAGCAGCUGGGUGUGGUAUAAGCCUGCCCAGUUUGCGAUGUUCUGACUUCGUCUACUAAAGCACCCCGUUUUUCUAGUCCCCUCAAUGUUGAUGGUGCUUUGUAGUAUUGUUUUGGAUGGCCUUUUCUGCAUCGAUUGCUAUACCAAAAGAACUUUAGUUUUCCUAGUUUCAUGGCGGAUAGAAGUACUCCUUUGUGUCCUGAUUGGGCAGCAACUGUGGCGCAUACAUUGUAAUUAGUUGUGUCCUCUCCAUUCAUAAUUACUUUAAAAAAAUAAUUGAAAAAGCCUGGUUUUUUUCAUCUUUAGCGGGUAGAAUCCAUCUUCACAUGCAUACAAAACCACUGACCUCAAUUCCUGAAGGAAUUCAAUCUUUAUUGAUGUGUUAACAUUUCUUUUCCAUAUGGGAUCCAUAUUUGCAAGGAUUACUGUUGCUAUCCUUUGGCCUUCCCAUCAGUGAUAAUUGCUCCCAGAUAUUUGAAGUUGAUCCGACAUUGAUUAUGGUGUGUGCAAAUUAAGAGUUAGGGGCUGUUUGUUAGUUAGACCUCAUGUAGCAAUCCAAAAUAAAACUAAACUAAGUCAACUAAACAUAACUUUUUAUUUUACCAGAUAAGGCCCACUGAGCUAUGUUGUAGCUCUUUUUCAGAAGCAAUCUGGCCACACAUUAUUGCUCAACGAAGUAGCUUAUCACGUGGAAAUGUAUAGGAGCCAAAUACUCUAACCACAUUGAUUCUGAAUGUGGAGGGAACAACCGGAGGACCUGGAUAAAAAUCCACACGACCACGGGUAGAACGUGCACAUCAAAAAUAUACAGGCGUCGGGUCCGAUCUCCUGCAGGACCAUGCGAGGUAGUUGACAUCUCGCCACCGAGAUGUCAACUCGCCAGAGGUGGCUAUUCAGAUGCACUCAUCUUUUUCAAGUGAUACUGGAGGUUAAGGAGCAAAGAGCACAAGAAUAGCCCAGGUAAUCUUUUAAAUAUUCUUAGAAAAAAAUAAUACUUAGUAGAUAAACGAUCGAAUAUUUGAAGUACUUGAAAAACAACACGCUGUGCAAUGACAGUCAAUUUUAUUAGAAGCCCAACGUUACGGUGGUGGGCCAAACGCAUAACACAACAAUUUCAAGGCACAUCAUGGUCCAGCAUAGCAGAAUUCAAAGCAAUGCCCCUUAUUGAACGCUUGAAUUCCCAUAUAAAAAUUCAUUAUUUUUCUAGCAGAUAGUUUUCUACGUCAGGCUGACAGCCACUAAGCUCCCAGUGCCUUGACACUUUAAAAAAGUUCUACAAGAAAAAGCGUCAUGGUCUCGAAAAAGAUUGCAUGCUCACAAGUGCGUAUACACUACACAUCUACAAAUGCUCUCGUUUUGAAUGUACAAUUCAAAUCAAUGACUUGCAGCUUCGAGUGAAUGUAUGAUUCAAAUCAUUGACUUGCGUAGCUUGGAGUAAAAUGCAGGAACGAACAGCAGUUCGCAACAGAAGACUCAACCACUCAUAGUUUGCACAUUUCAACCACAUGUGCUUCCUGUUAUCAACUAUCGCGGUAAACAACUCCAGUAGCUCAUUUGCAAAAAAACUCGGACCGGAAUAAUUGUUGCUUGCACAGUGAACGCGAGGCAUAAACUUAAGGAACGUGGUGUGUCACACAGAGCACCUUGUUUCUCCAUUGCACACCAUCUGCAUGCAUCUGGUCACACUGCCCUAAGUGCUUUUUUAAAACCACAAUGGUUUAACAACGAUUAAACAACUGCUAACGUCUAUCAAGUGUUUUUUUUUUAUCAAGUUCAUAUUUAACACGACUUUACAGCCGUUGUGGCUCCGAUUAUCCAGAGGUAGACUGAGUGCCGUAACUCGCCCACAUACUGUUGACGAGCUCUCAGUUGUUUGCUAAUGUCAAUCUGCCUACAGCAGGCCAACACAUUUUCCAACUGCAAACUCAAAUUAUGAAGUGCAUAUUAUGAAAGGUUCACUGAAUAACUAGUUAUUGCAGGUUCAUAAAUGUGACCUACACAACAUCAAAACACCGAAUUUUUUAUAGCUUGCGUAGGGUGUACUGGCAAUGUUCAAUGUCUGUGUGCUUGUUUGCUUGAUUCUUGAAAAAUGUGGCAUUGACAAUGCGAAUGACGAAAUAAGCCACGUGAAAGCCAUUGCCCCAAAAACAAUUCAUCAAAGCCUGUCAGCACCGGGGCAAUUCGACUGAAAUCUGUGGACCAAAUAUUCUCCAAUUGUACAAAAACAUUGGGAGAAAUUGUAAUGUUGACUUAAAACUUUCGUGACUGCAGGAAUUCAUAUUCUUUGGUUCUUUCGGUAAAGUCACGUAGUUAGAAAAAUAAUAAAAAGUGAAUAAAAAAACUAAAAUCCACUAAUGUAGACUGUAGCCCGAUUCUUAAUCGGAGUGGAUUGGCAGUCAAAAUGUAGACUGUAGCCUGGUUAUUAAGAUUGAUGAGUGUACUGGCAGUCUAUAAUGUAGACUGUAAUCUGGUUAUUAAACUGGGUCAGUGUACUGGCAGUCUGUAAUGUAGACUGUAGCAAUGGUUAAGCUGGGUGAGUGUACUGGCAGUCUAUAAUGUAGACUGUAGCAAUGGUUAUUAAGUUUUGUGAGUGUACUGGCAGUCUGUAAUGUAGACUGUAGCAAUGGUUAAGCUGGGUGAGUGUACUGGCAGUCUAUAAUGUAGACUGUAGCCUGGUUGUUAACCUCGGUGAGCGUACUUGGCAGUCUAUAAUGUAGACUUAUUUUGGUUCUUACAGUAAAAAAUAUAAUUUUCAAUCUACGUGACUUCACCGAAAGAACCAAAGAAUAUAAAUUGUAAUAUGCCAGUGGUGUCGUUCAAUGUUGUGAUGAGAUAAAGCUGCAUUUAAUGCCAUAUAAAUUCACAGUAUUUUAAUUUCAGGAAAAAAAUAAGUUAUGCGAAUCCUCAAUACAGCUCAAACGAAGCAGUCUACCCCAGGGAGAUUUCAUCUAAGGUAAUGGAAAGAAGUCGGAGUCAUUGCGAUAACUAAUUUUACUGUUGGUGAAUCUGCAGUCGAGAACUAUCCACGGAUCAGCCAAAACAGCCAAUUUUUGUCAAACUCUUGGACAGCUCCCCUCGCAAAUGUCCAAGGCCUCUAUCAAUGACUACCGCCAUGUCUAAAUCAAUUGGAGUUCAUCCAAUUUCUGGGGCUGAAGCGCGAGGCAACGUUUAGCCAUGUCAUUAUUGUUCAAUCCUUUAAUUACAAUCCAUUGUUAUAACUCAAUGUGCAUGAAAUGCAUUUAAGAAUCGUGAUAUUCAAAUCGUACGUAAAUGUUGUUUGCCCUGCCUAAUGUCCCCAACAAAAUUACAGAGGUAAAAAAAGACAGACAAUAUAGGUGUGCCUGGGUUAACGAGCAUCCUUUCUACGAGAAUUCCGCUGACCAAUUUGAAUUGACCAAUUUGUUCGCAAAACGAGCAAAUGUUCGCGCAACGAGCGGAGGUAAAGGUGGCGCAAAAGGUGGCGCAUCGCAGCCUGCAAUUGUGUUUACCAGCUGUGCAUCGCGCGCAAUUCGCCGUGGAAGGGGGCCUUGCCUCGUGUCACUCGGUCGGGAGGGGUGAGUGGCGGCGCUAAUUAAUUUCAGGUGCUGAGGAUAGGCACCUUGCAAGCAUUGUGGUUCUUCACGUGUUGGUGUUAUAUUUGAUGCUCUUACUACUUUAUUUUAAAGUGAUCAUUUGUAUUUCUCACGUUCAAAAAAGUUCUUCAGGAGUGGAACAUUUUGAGGCUGAAACCUAACUCGCCUUUAAACAUGGGGGUCAAUGGAAAACGACGAUUGUUUCACGAGGUUUUUCUUAACGAGCAAUUUUCGCACAUUUAGCUCGUUAGGCGAGACAUGGCUGUAACUUAAUUUGCAGUUUUCGCUUUACUACCUUAUUGUAGGUUAAAAUACAUUGACUUUAGUUUUAGAGAUUUGCACGUAUAUUUCUUAUGAAACUACAACCAUAAAUCACUGCAAGAUUGGAAAUAUACAACUGUAAUGGCACGAGGCAAACAUAUUAAUAUCCUAACAGAUCAGUCAAGCAAGCACACAAGCUUAAUGCCAUAAAGUUACGUGUAUAUUUGAAUAUGAACAUGUGAAUGAAACAUUUCUUUUUCAA